CCGCCUUCACCUCCAUAUAUACACGACGCCCAUCAAUUCUUUCAUUCAUAGUGAGUGUUGGUUUGCGUUUCGUUGUGCUAGUUCAUAGUUGCGCCUGUACAGUUGAUAGCGGUUCAAAUUGCCGUUAAGGAAGAUGGCCAUCGAUGAGUCCUUCAAGAAACCAGGGACCAUCCCGUUCAAGUGGGAGAUCCGGCCCGGCGUCCCCAAGAGCCAGCACCACCGCCACCAGCAGCCGCCCCCGCUGCCCCCACCAGAGGGCCCUCCCCGGCACGGUUGUCUGUCCCCGCCGAAGCUCAAGCCGCCGCCUGCCGGGCCGGGGCUCCGGUUCGCCUCGCCGCUGGAGCCGCGGGCCGGGUCCUUCCGGUCGGUCCCGCGCACCCGCUCCGAGCGGUGGCGGCUCGGCCCGCCCAUGCUGGGCCAGCCCGAAUGCGUCUCCGCCGGGCCAGGAUGCUUCCCCGCGGCGGCGCCCCUCUUGAAACGGAAGGAGAGCAAAAGGAGGACCCGAAGGACCAGGCCCGAACCCGAGCCUGACCCUGACCGCACUUCCGAUCUUGAAACGCUGUCCCGCUUUUCCGUCUCGAGCCGGAGGUCGCCCUCGCCGUUCUGUGAGUCGCCAUGCUCGUCGUCCUAUUGGUCUGUCGGGUCGUCACCGAGGCUGUCGUUUUCUUCGUACAUGAGGUCUCGCCAGUCAUCACCACGAUGCAUGGGCGAUCCAGAGUGGGCAGGGUUUGGGCUCUUUUGAAGUAGAGAUCGAUCCGCAAUGUUCACCAAAUCGACACAGAAACGCACCCAAGUUACACAUACAACAACGUGGCAAAGGGAAUUGCUGUGGCUUUGUUUUGAUGUAGUAGCGAAGAAUGUACACGUUGGGUUAGAGUAGCAGAGGAGACAACCUGCACGAGAUUGGUCUUAUGAUCUUUGUAUGUGUUGUUGUAAUAAAACAGAUUAAAGUGUAAUGUGAAUUUCCACAUUUUAAAGCU